AUGUUUAUAUGUAUUAAGUACAGUCACCAAACUCAAGCUGAUAAGUGCCUGCAGCGCUUGGGCUCCGGGGGUGCGAGCUCGUCGCCGAGUUCGCGGUGUCGUACCGGCAUGGCGGCGCAUCCCGCGCCGGCGCCGCCACCACCCGUCUGUCAAUACGAGGCUCGCGCGCUCCACCUCGACCGCUCCUCUAGAGGCGGCGGCGUCGCAGCUGCCACUGAGCUCAACCAACGAGCCGCCCGCCCCGGGCGGUAG